CACACCGAAAAUGUUGAAGAACAGGCAGAAGACAGGAGUGUUGCAAGUAUUUAUGAACGAUUGAGACAGAGAUCUGAUGAUGAAAAUUCCGAUCAAGAUCCCAAUCCAAAUGACAAAUAUCAGAAUGAUGAGGAUUUAAAUGAAAAGAUUCAAGAAAUUAAAGAAGACAUUCAAAAAGACAAAGAAGAUGUCGAAUCACUUAACGAUGAAGAACAAAUUGAAGAAACAGGCAAAACAUAUGAGGAAAAUGAUGAUUUAAUUGAUCGCAUUCAGGAUGAAAUCAAAGAAUGUGAGAAUCAAGUCAAUGAUGUUUGCGAAUUUGUGGCAAAUUUGGAUGAUAAUGAAAAUGAAAAUGAUGAAUCUGACGAUAAUUCGGACAAAUCAAGCGACGCUGAUAAUCAUGAAAAUGAUGAAGUGAAUAAACAGGACAUAUUCAGUCCAAGGAAAACCAGGAGUGGUAAAUCUUAUGUUCAAGAUGGAAUAAACAUGAGACCAACCGAACGGAAUAAUUGCAAUCGACCAAGGUAUAAUCAACAAUACCUGAAUCAAAAGAAACUGAAGCGCAAUUCGUGA